AUGGAGUGGAAGCGGAGCAUACGAAAGAAAACCCUUGUAUUUACCUUCUGCAAUCUUCCCUUUCCUUUCCAAAAAUCUGCCGCCAUCUUCUUCGUUGUGGAAAACUCAUCGAUACUGUACGAUUUCGGCCUCUUAGUUAUUCAUCUUAUGGAUGCUGCCGAUGUGGAUGCUCAAAGAAGCGCAACUGCACAUACACAUAAUCGUCAUCUAAGAAGGAAGAGAAUAGUAGAAGAAGCUCUUCCAUUGAAUUCCACUACACUUGAUGCAUCUGCAGAAUUUAGCUAUAAAGCUUCUGAAAUGGAGCACGUUCAGCAUCUUGGGCUUGAAGAUCAAGGUCAUACAGAUAAUAUUCUAGAUCAGAAUUCUUUCAAACCUGAAAUAAUUGCCAACUGUAGUUAUAGUACAAAUUUGCAGCUGCUUGCCAGCUGUUACUUGCAAAACAAUCUGUCACAUAGUGCAUACUACAUUUUGAAGGGAACACAUAUGGCUCAAUGCCGCUACUUGUUUGCGCUAUCAUGCUUUCAGAUGAAUCUUCUGAAUGAAGCUGAAGCAGCAUUAUGCCCCCCUAAUGAGUCCUUUGCAGAGACUGGUUUGAAUCUUUUGACGACAAACGUAGUGGCCGUUGACAAAUCUACUACAGUUAAUAACGCGUCGUGGGGAAUUUCCAAAGAAUUUUUAGUUCUCAAGUCUAAGUUUGAUCGUGUGAACAUGGAAAAUGAACGAUUGAGAGCUAUAUUGAAUCAGAUAAACAGUGAAUAUUAUUCUUUACAAAUACAAAUUGGAACACUCUUACAGCAUCAACAAAAUCUAAAAGGUGCAAUUAGCACACGAGAUGGAAAGGUUGGUACAUACAUAUUACUAAUUUACUACGAUUAUACUGUUUAG